GUUAGUGCAGGAUAAAGAUCCUCGGUUUGGUCCCCAGUCUAGACAUCACAUCACUAGCCGACUCUGCUACUUUAGCUGUAUAUUUUUGUUUAACAAAAUGUCAACCACGACCGGUGGCGGAGAGUUUGGCAACCCUCUGCGGAAAUUUAAGUUGGUCUUUCUGGGUGAACAGAGCGUUGGGAAGACCUCACUCAUCACCAGGUUUAUGUAUGACAGUUUCGACAACACUUACCAGGCAACAAUUGGUAUUGACUUUUUGUCAAAAACCAUGUACCUAGAAGAUCGCACGAUUCGGCUGCAGCUCUGGGAUACAGCCGGACAAGAACGUUUCCGCAGCCUCAUCCCCAGUUACAUCCGCGACUCAGCGGCUGCUGUGGUGGUUUAUGACAUAGCCAAUCUUAAUUCUUUCCAGCAAACCUCCAAAUGGAUUGAUGAUGUGAGGACAGAGAGGGGAAGUGAUGUAAUUAUUAUGCUUGUUGGAAACAAAACAGACUUGGCAGAUAAAAGACAGAUCACCACGGAGGAGGGCGAGCAGAGAGCUAAGGAACUGAAUGUCAUGUUCAUUGAAACCAGCGCAAAGACUGGCUACAAUGUCAAACAGCUGUUCCGACGUGUCGCUGCUGCGUUGCCCGGGAUGGACAGCACACCAGAGAAAAGCAAAGAGGACAUGAUUGACAUCAAAUUGGAGAAACAGCCAGAGAUGACUGUGACCGAGAGCAGCUGCUCGUGCUAGUACACCUCGCCCCACCCAGCCUGUUUCCUCCCCACCAACAGCUUGUCUCUCAGUGGCCACUCUCCACCCAUGGCACCCUGCCACUGGGAUGGAGGACCUAUCUUUUCAUUUUUUUAUUGUUUGGUUUUUGUUUUCCUCCCCUUCUCAACUCAGUGACUUUUCAAAGUAACCGUGUGGAUGUGCAUUACUGUAAUGAAUCUGAUUAUCUUGGGGAAUAUAGUUCAGAAACAAAUGUUUAAAAACGAGAAAUAAGUUAAACCUAUUCAGAUUUUCAUCCAGUUGCAUGGCAUUAUAUAGGACUGCAGACUGACAUAGCUAACUGCUCUUGACUUUAUGCACAGUCCAGGAUGUUAGUGCUGUUUCUCUCGUUGUUGUAAAGUUUACUUGCUUUGGAAUAUGUAAAUGACUGCGAGGUUUAAUUCUCAGCCCCUUUUUAUUGUUUUUAUUUAAGGAAGAAACGUUUUAUCUCUCGGACAGCUCAUUUUUCACAUUUCCUAUCACAUUUUGAGGAAGUACAAACAUAAAUGUACAUCGUUUCAAGCCAUGAUGAAAUAUCUGACUAAACUUAGGCUUUCACAUUAAAGACAAGUGGAGCAGUUCUCUCUCUGUCAAAGCUGCCAAAUUCACCAGUUGUGACCAAAUUAGUCAAAUUUAAAAGGACGUAAUGAGGGAGUUUUAUCAAAGGGAAUUAUUUGGUUACUAACCCUAAGCUGCGCGUUAAAACUCUUAUCAGCUUUCAGUGUUGUUAAAUUUGCUUCCCGCAUACUAACGUAACACAUCUGAGGAAGCUACUGGUGGAGAGUCUGGUCGCUAUGUGAGGUAGCUGCCACGUCACCAAUAGUUUGUGUUGUGCUGAUCACACAUGCAGCAUGCUCACCAUGCAGGAUUUCUAUGGAUAAGAACACAGAUGCCUUGCUUGUUUGUUCACCAUGUUGUGCACUGAAUCAAGCCACAAUAUUGUAAAUUAUCAGAGGAGCCUGUUGACUGGUUCAUGGCUUCACUAGCUGUUUUUGUAGAGUUGUUAGUUAGGUAGAUGUCCUCAGAUACGGCUCACUAACACCCUCGCUGUAAAAAAAAUAAACGGUGCACAGAAGUUAGUUGCAGCAUCCUUUAUUGUGUUGCUAUUGCCUGCGUGGGACCGUUUUGGUUUUAUGCAUUUAUUUAUUUUGUAACUUGGACUUACAGAUGACUUUCUUGAGCUUGACCAAAAGUACGCUGCCACGCAUGUUGGAGGUUUGCUUUAUUUAUUGUGUCUCUGCUAGAGCCCCGCUUAAAGGUGGCAUUUAUAAGUCAGCAUCGCCUCGACACACACACACACGCACACACACAGUCUAUUAAUAAGAUUAACUAGCCAGAGCACAACAAAAGACACUGGUCAUUUGAUGAUGCUUAUCUGGGGUUGUGGGUGUUUUGAAACGGACUCGAAGGUUUAGGUAUUUAUUUACUUCACGAACAAACAGUUUAUCUUGAGCAGCUCUUCUAUUACUUGUCACUGACUAAAUACUCAGCUUUGUGCUAUUCUGAAUUGUGUCUGUCUAUUUGAAAUAUGAUGUCUACUCGUGUUUAGCAACGUUUGUGUGAAUAAUGUACUAUUACUUAUCUUAUGUAUAAAAAGGAGAGUUACUGAAACACAAGUGUAGGCCUAUCACAUGGAAUAAAAUAAAGAUAUUUCACCAAAAUGUAAAA